GCUCCAGCAUCUGUCAUGAUUCGGCUGAAGAAAGGCAAUUUAAGUCCUCUUGAAACACUGUUAUAAAGAUGGCGUUUAUUAAAGAGGAGAAAGAAGACAUGGAUAUUGAAGAAACAUUCAGAGUCAAGCAUGAAGAUAAUGAGGAACAAACAGACUUGAUGUCACCAAAAAGGGAGUGUCCAGAAUUCAAUGAAAAGGAAGAUGAAUAUCAGCAUGAAAAGCAUCAAGAUUUCAAAACUGGAGAAAAAUCAUUUAGUUGCUCACAGACUGAAAAGACACAAAAAAGAGCACAUAAGACAGCAGAUAGAAGUUAUCUCACCUGCCAACAGUGUGGAAAGAGUUUCAAAAGAUUUGGAAACCUUAAAUCCCACAUGAGAAUUCACACUGGAGAAAAGCCUUAUACAUGCUCUCAAUGUGAAACAAGUUUUACUUUUAAAGAAACUCUUAGUAGGCACAUGAGAACUCACACUGGAGAAAAGCCUCACACAUGUAAACUGUGUGGAACAAGCUUCAGUCGAAAAUCAAGCCUUAAAAACCACAUGAGAAUUCAUACUGGAGAGAAGCCUUUCACAUGUUCUCAAUGUGAAAGGAGCUUUGCACAUAAACAAAACUUUGAUGUGCACAUGAGAAUCCACACUGGAGAAAAACCUUACACAUGCAAAACAUGUGGUAAGAAAUUCAUUCGAAAAUCAAACCUUAAAAGCCACAUGAGAGUUCACAGUGAAGAGAAACCUUACACAUGUACUCAAUGUGGAAAAUGUUUUACAUAUAAAAAUAACCUUGAUGUCCACAUGAGAAUUCAUACUGGAGAAAAGCCUUACACCUGCCAACAGUGUGGAAAGAGUUUUCAUGAACAAGCAAACCUAAAUGUUCACAUGAGAAUUCAUACUGGAGAAAGCCCUUUCACCUGCCAACAGUGUGGAAAGUGUUUCACUCAAAAAGGAAACCUUAAAAAACAUAUGACCAUUCACACUGGUAAGAAGCCACACAAGAUCACAAUUUUGUACAUAAAGUAACAUUUUGAUGAAC